AUGAGUCUUACCGAGCAGCUUCUUGUUACAUUACUGGAACAGACUCUGUCGAAUAGCCAAGAGAUGGUUUCCAGUGCAACAGAGCAAAUUCUCUUACAUAGACGUAAUAACGAUUUUCUCGGCAUCUCGUUUCUUGUUUCGGCUAAUCCCCAGGUUUCCUCCAAAAUUCGGUCUGCUGCAGCCAUUCAGUUUUCUAAUGAUAUCGCUACGAAGGUACAGAAGCUGGAUGGCCAGAUGUUAGUCAACAUCUCUCUUAAAAUAGUGCAGACUGUAGUUGAGGCGGCUGACUCCGGAGCCCUGAUUGUUGUACGUCAGAUGCUCGAAUCUCUCAAGACAAUCUUAGAGUUUUUUUACAUGUCUUUUAAUCUGCAUCCCACGAUCAAUCCUGCAGUUUUCGCAGGGGAUCUGUAUCAAUUGAUUUUUAGCCUUAUCGAUAACUCGUCUGUUAGCAAAACGGAUGUCUGUAUCCAGAUGGUAACCAUUUUGUUAACCUGUAUGUCCUCAGAGAGCUUAAAGGACAUAUAUUUGAAGAUUUCUGUUGACUUCUUUGAUCGCUGUCUCAACCAGCUGCUUCAGUACCUUUGCAGUAUUGAGGGGGAAAUCACUAACUACGUUACUCCUCCAUUUAUAGAGCAUGUCUUUGCAUGCUUGAACUCAUUUUUAACAUACAGCACAGUGCAAUCUCUGACCUCCUUAAAGUCUUUUUCAUCAAUGAUUGGCACAGUUUGUCAGCUCCUAGAAAAAAUAGGGAUCGGUAUUGCAGGCCCGGAAGUUCGUAAUGCAAAGGAUUAUGCAUUGCAAAUACUUAUACAAUUGUCCAUCACGGCCAGAUUGGUUGGACGAUGUAUUUCACCAGAAACAGAGCAGAGCUACUUGCUCGUUUGGAAUGAGAACGAGGAGCGUAUCGGGAAGUUAUUGUUAGGUCAGUUUUGUCUUUGCCCCGACUAUGAUCUUUGGGAAGACCACUCUUCAUUAGAUAGUCUUUUCCGCUUGUCCUGUAGAUUAAUUGAGACCAAUCGAGGAGUCCCAUAUAAUCCGAAAGCAUACAAUCUUCUCGUAAGCAAUGGGAAAGAUAUUAUUCAGGCAAUUAUAGCCAUGCUCUAUAACGCGGGUGACUUGCGUCUAGGACAGUUUGAGGAAAAUGACCUUUUAGUAAUUGACUGCUUAAAGCCGUGUCUAGAUUUUCUUUCCAGUCUAACAGCAACUUCCAGAGAGCUCUUGGAACUCGUAAAUGCAGACAUGCAUAUGCGGCUAAAUUCAAUAAUUAAUAAUGAUACUGCUUUCUUGGAUACGCCCGAGGGCCAAGUUAACUUCUUCGUUGGGAUCAUCCUUCUCCGUAGGGGGCUUUCUGACGACGACACCAACUACAAGGGAAUGGUCAUAUUUGCUUCUCUUAUUAAUUACACCAAGCUUAACCCUAUUGUGUUUGAAGAGCUCUCCAAGCUUAUAAUUAGUAUUACUACCGAGGAGAAUAGUUACAUAUCGGAUUUUAACGAGAUUGAUACGGAAUAUACAGGUGAUAUAGAAGCUCUUUUGCAAAAAACAGUUGCGCAAGGGAUCGAUGCUAUCAAGGCAGGACUCGACUUCAAGGCUCAGCUAGUUUAUAUUCUUGGCUGUUUGUAUUUACUUCCUACUACAUCAUUCUUCCAGUGCCGUAUGCUAAGUGGUAUAAUGGCGCGCUGCGUAAGGCACGACUUGAUCAACAGAGUCAAUCAACGGCACCUACUUCUACGAUCAUUGGAGUUAAUUGCUACCUCUCAGGAAAACAGUGCAGCUGGCGGCAUGGUCACCUUCUGUCGGGUCGCGUUUCCCGGACUGGGACCUGAUGUUGGGGCCGAAGUUCUCUCUAUGUUCCUAAGAUUGCCUGUAAUCCAGAAUGUCUUCUCCAAUUACAAUAGGAUGGAUCCAAAGCUACGAAAAACUGCCGAAAUGAUUUGCGAAACAGUCAAUUUGGUUGUUACCAACGUGGACACUGUCUCGAUAAGCCUUGAAGAAUGUGUCUGCUCUUUUGUAGUUGGGUUUUUACAGAAAGAUAUUAGGGCGUCUCAAGGAUGCUUCCAGCUUCUCAACUGUCUUUUACGAAAAUCGUCUUCUCUUAGUUCUUCGUCCCAGAAUGCUUAUGAUUAUUCUUAUGGCCCUUGGCGGACAGACCUUAUCGAACUACUAAUCCACUACCUGGACAGCUUUUAUCAAACACCAGGGGAUUUUAUUUUUAGUAAUGCAAGUCAUGUGGAGGAUAUGCUUGCAGAGGCACUUCCAUACUUAAUCAUUCAAACCCAGCGUUUCCAUAUGGCUUACAAGAAUAGUGUUACUCAGGGCACGCCAGAGCAGCAAAUUGAGAAAUUGAAUGAGAUAUAUACGCCAUUCUUUACGCUUAUCAACAAACUGUUGUCUCCUAUGAACAGUGCAAUAUUACUUAGUGUAGGUUGUUUUAUCCUGACUCGCGUUAUGAGUCUGGUGGCCUUGGAAUCGAACAAUGUUUGUCUAACCGUAUUGCAGCAUAGCACACAAAAAUUAAUUGAGCUUGUUUCUAACCUUCCUACUGUGUGUCAAGGGCUCAUGACACACAACCUGACACCUGAUCUUAAGCGUUGUAUGCUCGUGUCCAUCUCUAUGGCCUUCUUCACCCUUUUGCAAAUUACUGACAUUCACGGUAUGGCGGAGAAUCUCCUCAGCACUAUCGCACCUCACAACUUGAAAAUAAUGAUCUUCAUUUCGGCGUGGUCUAUAGCAGAUAAUGAGGGCAAUCCAUUUAUUCCCUUACGUGCAUGGAUGGCCCACUUAGUUUGCUGUCUUAGUAAGAUCUUUGUCACAUUGACGCAAAAGGAUCCCACAUUCCUAUCUGUAGUUGUUCCAAACUUUGCCUGGGCGUAUUCCUUAUGCAAGAUGUCACAUUCCCCCGUUGUUACGGCACCGCAAUUGGACUUUUCCAGUAUUUGCAAUAGCGGCAUCGAAAUAGACAUUCUUCAGCCUAUAUUCUCAGGUCUCAAUUCCCAAUUUACACGAUUUAGUAAUAUAGCAGGUAAUAAUAAGCUUCCUUUGUAUGAAGGAUUUCUCACUACCCAUUUUGAAAACUUCUUUAAUUUCCUACCUCGGCAAAUUUUUGGAGAAGUUCCUACUUUCCAGCAUUCUUCGUCAUCGUUUAAAUUUACAGCUCUUCAAGCUUCUAUUAGGAUGCUUAAUUUACAAUAUGGCGAUGAAUUUUCCCAGUUUCUGAUAAAAGAGAUAAAUGAUACGUCUGGUAGUUCCUUAUUGCAUACCACGCUCUCUGGUUACUCUAUAUAG